UCCUUUUUACAUUAAUUUCUGUGCGGUGUACACGUGUUUUUCAAAAUGGCACCCAGCGCAAAUGCUAAAAAAUCUGCCAAAACGGGCAAAAAGAACCAUAAGCACCCGGUAAAUAAAUUACUCAGCGGGGGAAUUCUGCGCUACUCCAAGAGCCAGAUGUACAAGCGUCGUGCUCUGUACCGUUUGAAGAAUGUGAAGCAGCCCAUUGUUCCAAAAGUCAAGAUACCCAUCAAGAAAGUGAAGAAGAUCAAUGGCCCCAAGAACGGCGGUGAACGUACUGUGUAUUUGAAGAAACCCAAAGCCAACUACCCAACCAAACGUUUUGUCAAGAAGCGUCCUGCUAAAUCUUACUUCAGCAACCACCAGCGUAACAUUCGUCGCAAUCUCGUCCCUGGACGUGUGCUAAUUUUGUUGGCUGGUCGUCACCAAGGCAAACGUGUUGUACUAUUGAAGGUAUUGAACUCUGGACUGUUGCUUGUUACCGGUCCAUUUGCAUUGAACUCCUGCCCAUUGCGUCGCAUUUCGCAACGUUUCGUCAUUGGUACAUCCUCAAAGGUGGAUUUGGGCGAUCUCAAAGUGCCAGAGCACUUAGACGAUGCCUACUUCCGUCGUUUGAAAAUCAAGAAGGAUAAAAAAUCCGGUGAGGGUGAUAUUUUCGCUGUCAAGAAGGAACGUUUCGUCCCCAAUGAACAGCGCAAGAAGGACCAGAAGGAAGUUGAUGCUGCAGUGCUUAAGGCUAUCAAAGCGCAUCCAGAAGGCAAAUUCUUCAAGAAAUAUCUGCAAAAUAUGUUUGCUUUGCACUCAUCGCAGUAUCCCCAUCGUUUGCGAUUCUAAACUUUGCAUUGACGUCAAAAAUGUGAAUGUAAACGUACAUUCAGGUUGUCUAGGAUUUUCUUAUUUUUAAUUUUUAUGUCAACACAAAGUAAAAGAAAAAAAAUAUACAAUUUAAAAAAAUUGGAA